AAAAUUAGUGGUGUGUUCCCCACCUUCACAAUAUUAACUUCUUUUUACAUUACCAUGUCUGGAAGAGGAAAAGGCGGCAAAGGUCUCGGUAAAGGGGGCGCCAAGCGUCAUCGCAAAGUUCUCCGCGAUAACAUCCAGGGUAUUACCAAGCCCGCUAUUCGCCGUUUGGCUCGUCGCGGUGGCGUCAAACGUAUCUCCGGUCUCAUCUACGAGGAGACACGUGGUGUGCUGAAGGUUUUCCUGGAGAACGUCAUCCGUGACGCCGUCACCUACACUGAGCACGCUAAGAGGAAGACCGUUACUGCUAUGGAUGUUGUCUACGCUCUCAAGAGACAAGGGCGCACUCUGUAUGGCUUCGGCGGUUAA